UGCGAGCUCGGCUACACGAUAGGAGGGGAGAAAGGUCCGUACGCUUGUAGCCGUACACCUUUCAGUUCUAAUAUGGCUCGAAGGGGAAGGGGUAGAUCGAGGAAUGAGGAACGACCACCACCUCUACCUCCUCCGCCUCCACCUCCGCCUCCACCUCCACCACCACCACAGGGGACAGAUGCAGUCAUGGCUAGGCUGCUUGAAGUUAUGGUGGAUAUACAGCAAAAUCUUAGAAGUCAUACUGUUCCAGAUCAGCAUGUUGACCUAAGUGCUGGGCAGGGAUCUUCUAGUACUAUGGGAGCUCAUGCACCAGUUGUUAAUAAUCGAGAGGAUGACAUAUCUGAACCUUGGAAGGAAUUCUCUCGCUCUAAUCCGACUACAUAUGAUGGUAGUAUGCUUGAUGGGAAAGCUGAAGAGUGGUUGGAUCGGAUGGAGCAGUUAUUUACUGUUGUGAGGUGUACAUCUGAGCAGAAGGUUAUCUUGGCUACGAUGCAGCUUGUUGGUGAAGCCAAGCAUUGGUGGGAUUCUGUUAAGCCCACAGAUGGAAGAUCUAUGUCUUGGGAUGAAUUUAAAGAAAGAUUUUAUGAUUUUCACUUUCCGCCAGCUUUCAGAGAUGAGAAAGAGGCAGAGUUUCAUGCAUUUCAGCAGGGGGACUUAGACGAGGAGACUUUUAUAAGAAAAUUCAAUCAGCUGUCUAAGUUCUCAACAUAUCUGAAGGCUUCUAAUGAUAGCAAGUGGAAAGCAAAGAGGUUAUUAGAAAAGAUGAGGCCAGAAUACCGCCAGCAGCUAUCUUUGUUAGGCGAGGCGACAUAUGAUGAGAUGUGCAAUCGUCUGAGGAUUGCCGCUCGUCGAGGCCGAGACACAGAGAGUAGCCGGAGUAGGGAUACACGAGGUCGAUUUUCUUUGGGUUAG